CGGUCAGCAGACGUCAAAAGUCAAAUCUCGAAGUUCGUUUUCAUUGGUUUCAUGUCACUCUUUUUAUGUCUUUUUUUGUUUGUUAGGAAAUGGACUCCCCCCCCCCUCCCACCACACACACACAGAUUGUUGCAGUCACAAUAUUAUUUGUUCUGGAAGAUUCUUGAACUAAAUCAAUCUAUCGUAUUGAAGAUGUAUUCAUUCAUGUAAUGCAGUCGUGAAUUCAAACUUCCAGGUAACACAAGUACUGACAGUGUGUCUACCCUAAACCUGGUGCUUCACCCAGGCCAGAGAAAGCAGCUCGAUCUCGAUCUACCUGUUCAGUCUGCUGUUGUUAUUUCUGCCGUUUUCACGCGGCCUGCCUACCUUGUGGCACCAACAACCGAGUGAGCUGAGAUUUCCCACCAGUCUGCCCCUGGGACAAGCAGUCAACAGACUGGAGAGCUGGAUAGCGAGUUACGUGUAUAAAGUCAACUGGUAUUCAUUCAGUCACAUGACUGGGUAAACUGACUGCCUGUGAGAUGCACCAUUCAGAAUAAACUGUCCGCGUGGGAGCGACGCCGCUGAUCGUUAAUGUACUUUCCCUCGAAGUAUGGGAGAGAAUCACAUAGGCGUGACUACAUUGAGACUUGUGGAAGGGCUCUGGGGAGACGCUGUGAAUGUGUUUAAUAUUUUAACACCUCUCUGGCCACAACUUUAAUUAAAAAUAAAACUUUAACCCAUGAUGCCCUGACGCGCACAGAUUACCUGUAGCUAAUAGAAUUAGGCCGUCACUUUGCUGUACAUAAAAUUGCGUCAAGUUUUCAAAAGGAUUCACUUUUUUUUAGCUUUCAUUUGGAACACGUUUUAUCGGUAUUUAAGUCAAAGUAUACAUAGAUUAAUGUUUCUCGUAUAAAUCUAUUGGGAUCUAGUGAGCUAGUUCAUUGUGUGGAAUAGAUCGGGCAACAGUGUCACAAAGAAAUGCGUGUAGAUCUAAUCACUGGAUAGCGUUAUUCUUUCAUGCUGUGUUUUCUUCAGCGGAGUAGUUUGUUUUCUUCUUGGAUAAGAGAUUCCUUGACAUGUAAACUUCUGACCAGAUGACCAGCCUUGAAGUCCAGUGUUCAGCCGAUCACAAUGGAUGUAUGGUUUCUGAUGUACGUUGUCUGCAGUGGCACCUUUUACUGUAUCUGUGAGAGUACUACAUCCUACGGAAGUGACCAUGAGUAUCGCUUGGUGCGGGACCUGACCAAAAGUUACAAUAAACAGGUGAAACCAAGUCUCCAUAGCAACCAGGCCUUGAAUAUAUCGUACGGUGUAGCCUUGGCACAAAUCAUAGACCUGGACGAAAAGAAUCAAAUCAUUACAACCAAUUGCUGGAUUAACCAGAUGUGGACAGACCCCAAACUGAGCUGGGAUCCCAGAAAGUACGGCAAUGUAACUGCCAUCAACCUGCCUUAUGACACAGUUUGGUUGCCAGAUAUUGUUUUAUACAACAGCGCACAUAUAACAGACGAGUCUGUGAGUACUAAUGUUAUAGUUGACUACAACGGUACCAUCAUGUGGCUGCAGAUGGUUAUAUUGAAGAGCUCCUGUGAAGUGGAUGUCAAAUAUUUUCCUUUUGACACACAGCACUGUGUCCUGGAGUUUGCCAGCUGGACCUAUGAUUCAAACUCUGUCAAUUUGGUGACGAUUGGCUCCGAGAGUGGUGAUGUGACCAACUACAAGAAUAGCACCGAGUGGGAGCUGGUUAGCUACCUCCAGGAGAGACAGGAAGUCAGUUUCUCCUGCUGCCCAGUUCCUUAUGUUUUCAUCAAGAAUCACAUCCGGAUCAAACGUCGGCCAUUGUUUUAUGUGUUCAACAUGGUCUUCCCUUGUAUUCUCAUCACCAUGGUCGCUCUUUUGGGAUUUUACAUGCCAGCUGACUCGGGCGAGAAGAUUGCCAUGGGCAUCACUACACUGCUCUCCAUGACAGUGUUCCUCAUGAUUGUGGCAGACAAGAUGCCGCCGACGUCAGAGGAUCUCCCUUUAGUAGGUCUUUAUUAUGGCAUCACAAUGACCAUAGUCUCCUGCGCCACUGGGAUGACUGUCUUUGUGCUCAACAUACACCACAAGGGCGCCAGGGGCAGAGAGGUUCCAAGGCUGCUCAAAUGUAUAUUUUUUGGCGUUAUAUCCAGGAUCCUUUUUAUAUCCCUCGACAUUGAGGAGGCUCCUCCGGAGCCCAGAGACGCCAGAGGCCACAAGGGAACCACGAAAGGGAUGCAACCGGUGCCCACCAACGAUUAUUACUCUAGAUACGACAUCGACAGACGGCCGGAGAAUGGUGGGAUUUCUCCCAGAUUUACCCGGAAGUUCACACCAACUCCCUCUACGCCAAGUGGAGACAACACAGAAAGACAAUUUUUACGAGUUUUGCAGAAGGUUUAUCAGACGAUAGAAAAGAAUGAGAUCAGACUAGAGGAUCAGGACAGAAAAGACGCUAUCAAGAUAGAAUGGCAGCAGUUGGCGCUGGUUAUAGACAGACUAUUGCUUGUUAUAUUCGUGGUCUUCACAAUCGCCAUCACACUGGCUCUUAUCUUACCAGGCUACUAUGCCCAGUCGAAGGACAUCGAAUGACCAACCGAAUGACCAACCGAUCCCAGCCUGAAGACUUUCUGACGCGCCAUGAUCUCCUCGAGAACUUGGCCAGGUGUUGUGAACCAGUCCAUUCAUGCGCCGUGUGGAAUACCACUUGCCAACUCUGUUGUGAAACAAUCCAUCCAGAAAUGUUCACUUCUAAUAUUCGACAAUAUUUCAAAAACCACUUGUAUUACAUUUUUUUCACUAGCUCGGUACUAGAUUUGUGAAAGACGGUUUUUUUUAAUAACUGUACAUACUAUAACAGAAAUUAUCAAAAACGUAAAGCUCUGAAUCAAAGAGUGAACUCUUUUAAUUAAACAAUCUUUAUUGACCUAAUAAUUCAUCCGAGCAGUACUUGCUGUUAUUAAAUACUAUAUAAGCUAAUCGCUUGUAAAGUGGAAUCUGAAACAAUGCAGUUCUUUGAAGUACUUCGCACAAUAUUUCCUUGACAGUGCUCUGUAGUUAUGAUCUAUCAUUUAUCUACCAGGAAUGUGACAGUGUGAACACAAUGUCAUCAGACACUACUCUAUGGGAUAAAUGAACCAUCAAGAUACGACAACGAUCUACUGGACUAGAAAGCAUUGUGGGAUUACCUACAACGCAUUUGUACCUUCAAUAGAAGAGUUGGCACCCUUGAUGUAGCCCAACUUGUGAGUUGAAGAGUUAUCCCCCCUGGUAAUCGAGCCAUCUCUGGAAUACAAUGAGGUGCCAUCAAGUGUCUGUGAAAAUAUCCAAAUUAAAAAAAAAAUUGUUGCUACUGUAUUUAAAAUAUUUUUAUUUGACAGUUGCGUUUCUUUCAUUUUGAUCUUUAACCAAGUUUGUUUUUGUUUUUUUACUGUAAGCACAACUGAUGAAUUUUGCGUAGACUGUAGAUACUAUGUGUAUAUUCAGAGAAUUUUCAAAUUGUGUAUAUAUAUGCGUAAAAAAAGCAGUUUUACUGUACAGCUGUGUUUGACUGUGAACGAUUUGUGUCUAAGUUCCUUGUUCUGUUUAACGAUCCUGACUGGUUCAGUGAGCAAUCCACUAACAUCUUUCUAUUUGAGUAUGAGUUCGGUAUAACUGAUUUGCUUCUAACUGGAACAUCUUUCAAUGUGUACUAGUGAUUAAUGAAUAAUAAAAAUAAAACAACUAUCUUCUA